UUUACUUGUUUACUUGUUUCCUUAAGCACAGAUCCAGACAGAAUCCCAUAUAAAUAAAUAUAUUCCUAUGAUGCCUUGCCAUGUGCACUACCCUCACCUCACCAAUCUUUGACCCGCGAAAACAAGAGACAGACACCAUUUAAUUGUUUAUUAGCAGCAGUCUCUGUAGUAGAGGUUCUAAUUAAGCCUCAAUCUCGAGGUGAAUUCUGUUUGCGCAAAUUUCGUAUUUACUUAACCACUUGUUUUUUUCUGGCCUCAAGGCUCAACCUAUGAUCAAAAAGUCAAACUAUGGAAAUCCAAAGCAGCCCCAAAUCCAGAGCACUUAGCAAAAGAAAGAGUAGUAGUAUUGCACGUCCCUCAACCAAACUCAUCAUUUCCAUAUUUUCAGUUAUCACAAUUCUCAUACUACUACGAAUGCAAUCUUCUUCCACUUUCUUUUCUUCUAAUGACAAAGUUCUAAUGUCGAAGCUCCGAGACUCGGUCACAUUCCAUCCACUAAAGGAUCUAAGGUAUGUCGAAACCGCCACCAUAGGGAACACUUGGUUCAUGAGCUCCUUAAACGACACUCAAGAGGAGGGCGAAGCAGAACACCUGUUUUUCCCUUCAGAGUCAUCAAAGGGAAGACUUCUGUGUAUCAAAGGAAACGACAGAAGAGAUGGUGGUAAGAAUUCAUACGCCCUGGCAUGGCCAGAAAGUCUUCCUGACUCGGCAACACUCUUAACGGGUUUGACUUUUGUCUCUGAUACAUACUACAACUAUGAAAAUCUCUGGCAUGGAGUGAAUGCAAUAGCUCCUUUUGUUGGGUGGUCCUUAAAGAAUGACUGCUCAAAGCCAACGAGAUGGAUUUUGUUCCACUGGGGUGAGUUUAGGCACAGAAUGGGCAGUUGGGUUCAUAACAUAACUCAGGCCAAUUUCGGAGAAGUUGUAGUUGAAAGCUUUCCAGAGGGAGGAGGAGGAGAUGGGGUGCAUUGCUUUGAGAAGGCUGUUGUGAUGAGACACAAUGCUGGUAAAAUGGGUAAAAAGAGGAAGCUUGAGGUGUUUGACUUAUUGAGAUGCAAAGCCAGAUCGUUUUGUGGUGUUAGCCAUGGUGGCAGGGGGUUAGAGGUUAACAGAAUAGGACAGCCUGUCGUACGGUUGACUUUGUUGAUGAGAAAAGGUUCGAGAUCAUUCAAGGAUCCAACGGCUGUGAUUACUGUUUUUGUUAGGGAGUGUGCCAUGGUUCAGGGAUGCGUUUUGGAGGUGUCCCAAUCUGAUGAAUUGAGCUUCUGUGAUCAGGUGAAAGUGAUGAGCAAUACCGACAUUGUGGUGUCACCACAUGGAGCACAGUUGACAAACAUGCUGUUCAUGGACAGGAACAGCAGUGUAAUGGAGUUCUUCCCCAAGGGAUGGUUAGAGAUGGCUGGUGUUGGACAGUACGCGCAUCACUGGAUGGCAGACAUGUCCGGGAUGAACCACGCAGGCUCCUGGUGGGAUUCAUUGGGUGAAAAGGAAUGCCCUCAUCCAAAUAACAAUCGAGAGUGCUUCAAAUUUUACAAAGAAGGCCUUGUUGGUCACAACGAGACCUACUUCGCUGACUGGGCAAGAACUGUCCUCACCCAAGCCAGGGCUCGAAAGCUAGAAAUGAAUAAAGUUAAGAGUUCGCACUUAACUUCCAAUAUUUGUACUUGCUAGUUUUGUUGUUUUCUUACCUUCAUUUUAUACCCCUACCUAUUCUCAACCCAAGACUUCAGAAAUCCAUAAUUCCAAUGGGAAUGUAAAUUAAAAAUAUUCAGUAUUAAUGAUAAGCUAAGCUCUCCAGCAUAGUAAGUUUUUUUUUUCUUCAAAUUAUUGAAAACUAGUAAAGCGC